UCUUGCGCGCAGCCUCUCCAUCUCACUAGACCCGCUCUUCUCUCCAGAGGGGGGCGUAUCCGGACGUCCCCGUGGCCUGCCAUCCUAAAGCUAUCGGCAUUACACUACACUCGACAUUUUCUGUCGACCACGAAACAAAAGGCGGCAGGGAAAAGGAGGGGACAGUCAGGGGGGCUGGGAUGUUGACAGCGAGAGAGUAGGUGUUGUCUAGCAUCUCCCUCACACACACACACACACGCACGCACACACGCCGCAGCCUCGCCGUUUUCGCCUCCCGAUCUGGACUUGACUUGUCGGCGCUGCCGCCGCUCCCCUCGAAAAUUACCCUGGGGAGGGACGUUAGAUUUCACCGCCACGACCGACCGCGGUGAAGGCGUGGAGGCGGGGAGAGUAAUCACAGGAAGUGGGUUACGGAGAUGAGAACUGAUCAAAAUAAAUAAAUUAGUUAAGAAGCCAAUCGCAGUCAUACAAAUUAAACACAAGGAGGGAUUUGUACCGUGUUUGUCAAGAGGAGUAGACGCACUAAAAGAGAAGAUAAAGAUCGCAAUAUCCGUAGAGAUGUCAGAAGGGCUGUCACAGCAGGAGAGACUCCAGGCGAUAGCGGAGAAGAAGAAGAGGCAGGCGGAGGUAGAGAACAAGAGGAGGCAGCUAGAAGAUGAACGCCGACAGCUGCAGCACCUCAAGUCAAAAGCUCUACGAGAGCGAUGGCUGCUGGAUGGAGCGCCCUCUGCUGGCUCGGAGGAAGAUGAAGCAAAGAAACAGCUUCAGGAAGAUGAAGCCAAGACCAAGUGCCUGGAGGAGACCAUUCUCAGACUGGAACAGGAGCUGGAGGAGCUGGAGACAGGUGUGUCAGCAACUUCCACCAAGGAGAACCUGUCAGAGGUCGCCAAGGAGGAGGCAGCCAAGCCGGCAGAUGGCCUGGAUACAGCUCCCGCAAGCUCUGUGAAAGCGAUGUACUCGAUAGAGAUCACCAUUGAAAAGGACAGACUCACGGGAGAGACUAAAGUGCUGUCCACCAACACAAUGCUGCCCAAAGACCUCUCUCAGCAGGGGGUCAAGGUGUAUGAGGAUGACCACAAAGUGGUGCACGAGGUGCGAGGGACCGACGGCGCCCCCGAAGACGGGGUGCGCCUGCUGAGCUCCUCGGAGGUGGACGAGCUCAUCCACAAAGCGGACGUGGCGUCCGCAAGCGAGGGUGGGGUCACUGUCGCGGGGGAGGAGAAGGAGGCGGCAGCGGCGGCUCCAUUGCCAGCGGAAGGGGAGGCGGAGCAGACCCCUAAAAAGGAGAUCACGGGCAUCGAAGCCAAGCCCACUGGCGGCGACCCCUCCACCGAGGCUACGGCCGAGAACCCCGUCUCCAUGGUGUUCAUGGGCUACCAGAACGUGGAGGACGAGGCGGAGACCAAGAAGGUGCUGGGGCUGGAGGGCACGGUGAAGGCGGAGCUGGUGGUCAUCGAGGACGGGGGGGCCAAAGCGAGCACUGAGGAGGCCAAGGAGGACCAGGCCCCGCCCAACGGGAGCGCGGCUGACCCGGCAAAAGGCCAGGAGGCGACGGAGGAGAAAGCAGAACCAGAGGCGGGAGCGGCAGAACUCAAGGACACCACCAAGGAGAAACAGCCCUGCAAGUGCUGUUCCGUUAUGUGAGCCCGCCCCCUCGUGUGCGGACGCUCACGGCGGCUUGACUGUUUCAAGGACAAACGACAACCACGACCACAACAACACAAACACUAUAACGCAACCAUGACCAUAACUGAAACAGAACGACAUAAACACAAACGCAAUGACCGUAACUGCACAAACAUGAACACAAACACUCACAAACACGUUCUGUAUCCUCUGAACAUCAAUUGUUCCACAAAAUAUUUUUUCAUCUUUUGUUGAAUUUAAAAAAAGAUCUAUUUCUUUCAAAACUGUUUUUAUGUUGUUUUUUUUCAUUUUGAUUGCAUAUAAAUUUUAUUACUGACUAAGCAGAACUGUCCCAAGUAAUCAGAGGCAUGGUAUCCAUAUGCACCUAAAUCUGAGAUUUGGAACAAUAGGAAACUCCUGAGCGCCUCUUUCUCAGAACUAUCCCGCAAAUAUAUUUUAAAAUCUCCUAAAUAUGAAUAUUGUAGUCUCAUGUAUCUAUCUAUAAAAUAGUUUAUUUUCAAAGUUAUGUAUUUAUUUGUUUUGUUUAUUUUGUCUUUUUUUGCGAAUAAAUCCCUCGUUUCAGACACGGUGUGGCCAGAGCCCUUAUAUACCAUAUGCUGUCUGUGCCCUUCUGAAACAUUUCAAACUGUCAGACUGUUGAAGAAACCCUGUGAGGGGUUACGGAGAAGCCUGAACCAAGUAUAUGGACCAUUUGAAAAAAAAAUGCAUUGUAUUACUCAAGACUGCCAGUGCAAAAAUUCUUUGGGUUCUCCAGAAAGAAGAAAACGGUAACAUGCUGUACAUAAAUGGAGACAAGGAUGCUGGAAAGCCCUUCUUGUGUCUUAAAACUUGCCCUAUGUUAAGUGCACUGUUUUAUGAAUGGACACCCAGCUGCCUCACUGAAUCGAUAUACAGGGCAGUAAGGCUUUAAAAAAAAAGCAAUUGUGCUAUUUGGCACGUUUCCUCUCGUGUUCCAACACAUCCAGCGCUGUACUUUCUCUCUGAAACAAACAAAAAUAUAUAUAUAUGUGUGUGUGUGUGUGGUUUGUCUUCAUUCUUAUCCAAAUCCAAACUUGUUUGUCAUUGUUCAUUCCUACAUUGUCUAAAUACAGGCUAGUGAAACUGCUAAACAUCCCCAAAAGAAAAAAAAAGGAAAUCACUUCCAAACCACUUUUCUUUUGCUAAUGUUUAAGCUACGUAUACACAAGGUUUCCUUUUUAGGUCACAGAACAAAACAGAGCCAACUGCCUUUGCACCUAUGUUCAAACUGAUUUCAAUGUGUGAACUUUUUAGACCUAAAGCAAAAAAGCGGGGCUAUUAAACCUCUUCACAUUCCAAGAGAACAAGAGUUUUCAAGUGUUCAGUUUUGCUCCAGCUGCUACUAUUUUGCUUUUUUUUUCGCUCUGUACGUUUGUCCUCUUACUUCUACGAUCUAAAACUU